AUGGAGGCAGGAGGAGGUGCUGAUAAUAACAGCGGCGACAGUGCUGUUCCAUCGUCGUCUGCCAAGACAAGCUUCCUCAAGACCUGCUUCAAUGGCGUCAAUGCGCUGUCAGGGAUUGGCUUGCUGUCCAUUCCUUACGCACUGUCGCAGGGAGGGUGGCUGAGCCUCAUCGUCUUCCUCGCCAUCGCCGUCAUCUGCUUCUACACGGGCCUUCUCCUGCAGCGCUGCAUGGACUCCAGCUCCCUCGUCACCACCUACCCGGACAUCGGCGCCCUGGCGUUCGGCCGGAGGGGCCGCCUCGCCGUCGCCACGUUCAUGUACCUGGAGCUCUACCUCGUCGCCAUCGACUUCCUCAUCCUCGAGGGGGACAACCUGCACAAGCUGUUCCCGGAGGCCAGCUUCCGGCUCGGCGGCGUCAGGGUCGGCGGCAAGCAGGCGUUCGUGGUGGCCGCCACGCUCGCCGUGCUGCCCACCACGUGGUUCAGCAGCCUCAACGUGCUCGCGUACGUCGCCGCCGGCGGCGCGCUGGCCUCGGUCGUCCUCAUCGCGGCCGUGCUCUGGGUCGGGGUGUUCGACGGCGUGGGGUUCCAUGAGAGGGGCAGGCUCGUGAACUGGGCGGGCAUGCCGAGCGCCAUGAGCCUGUACUCCUUCUGCUUCAGCGGGCACGCCGUCUUCCCCAUGAUCUACACCGGCAUGAAGGACAGGAGGAGGUUCCCCAUGGUGCUGCUCAUCUGCUUCGCCGUGAGCACGCUCAGCUACGGCUUCAUGGGCGUCGUCGGCUACCUCAUGUACGGCGACUCGCUCAUGUCGCAGGUCACCCUCAACCUCCCGUCGGGGAAGGCGAGCUCCAAGGUCGCCAUCUACACGACGCUGGUGAACCCGCUGACCAAGUACGCGCUGGUGGUGGCGCCCGUCGCCGAGGCCGUCGAGGCGGCGCUCGGCGGCGACGUCCCCAAGAGCCGGCCGCUCCGCAUGCUCGUCAGGACCGGGCUCGUCGUCGGCACGGCCGUCGUGGCCCUCGCCGUGCCCUUCUUCGCCGACGUGGUGGCGCUCACCGGCGCGCUGCUCAGCUGCACGGCCACCAUGCUGCUGCCGUGCCUCUGCUACCUCAAGGUCCGCUCCAAGAUGGGGUACAGGAAGCCGCGGUGGGAGACGGCGGCCUGCGUCGCCAUUGUCGCCGUCGGCGCGGCGAUCGUCGGGCUGGGCACAUACAGCUCCGUGAAGCAGAUCGUCCGGAGGCUGUAA